UUUUCCUCCAGAGCGUCUUUGUAUACGCAUCUGGUUCUUCUCUCUCCCCUCUCUCUCUCUCUCUCUCUAGGAUUUACAUCUCUCUUCAAUUAUAAUCUUCUAAAAAACAAACAAAAAAAACUCAUCGAAAAUGAGGGAAUGCAUUUCAAUCAACAUUGGACAGGCCGGAAUCCAGGUCGGAAAUGCUUGCUGGGAGCUUUACUGCCUUGAGCACGGCAUUCAGCCUGAUGGGCAAAUGCUGGGUGACACCACUGUUGGAGGAGGUGAUGAUGCCUUCAACACCUUCUUCAGCGAAACGGGUGCAGGAAAGCACGUACCUCGUGCAGUCUUCGUUGACCUCGAGCCAACUGUGAUUGACGAGGUGCGCACAGGCACAUACCGACAGCUCUUCCACCCGGAGCAGCUAAUCAGCGGCAAAGAAGAUGCCGCCAACAACUUUGCCAGAGGUCAUUACACCAUUGGCAAAGAAAUUGUCGAUCUUUGCUUGGACAGGAUCCGCAAGCUGGCAGACAACUGUACUGGGCUGCAAGGGUUCUUGGUUCUCCAUGCUGUAGGUGGUGGUACUGGAUCUGGUCUUGGUUCCCUUUUGCUCGAGAGGCUCUCUGUCGAUUACGGAAAGAAAUCGAAACUUGGUUUCACUAUUUACCCUUCACCCCAGGUUUCAACUGCUGUUGUUGAGCCUUACAACUCUGUGCUGUCUACUCAUUCUCUGCUCGAGCACACCGAUGUAGCUGUUCUUCUUGAUAAUGAAGCUAUUUACGACAUCUGCCGUAAAUCCCUCGAUAUCGAGAGGCCUACUUACACCAAUCUGAACAGGCUCAUUUCUCAGGUUAUUUCAUCUCUGACUGCUUCUCUGAGGUUCGACGGAGCAUUGAAUGUGGAUGUGAACGAGUUCCAAACCAACUUGGUUCCAUACCCAAGAAUCCAUUUCAUGCUUUCAUCUUACGCCCCUGUGAUCUCUGCCGAAAAGGCGUACCAUGAGCAGCUCUCAGUUGCGGAAAUCACGAACACCGCAUUCGAGCCUUCAUCCAUGAUGGUUAAAUGCGACCCACGUCACGGGAAAUACAUGGCCUGUUGUCUGAUGUACAGGGGUGACGUAGUUCCCAAAGAUGUGAACGCAGCCGUGGCAACAAUCAAGACCAAGAGGACCAUCCAGUUUGUCGACUGGUGCCCGACCGGUUUCAAGUGCGGUAUUAACUACCAGCCGCCGACUGUUGUUCCUGGUGGUGACCUGGCGAAGGUGCAGAGGGCUGUUUGCAUGAUUUCAAACUCGACUAGCGUAGCUGAGGUGUUCUCGAGGAUUGACCACAAGUUUGACCUGAUGUACGCGAAGAGGGCCUUCGUGCACUGGUAUGUAGGCGAGGGUAUGGAGGAAGGCGAGUUUUCUGAGGCUAGGGAGGAUUUGGCUGCUCUUGAGAAGGAUUACGAGGAGGUUGGUGCUGAGUCUGGUGAAGGUGAUGAUGAUGAGAACGACGAUUACUGAGCAUAGCUUAAGGAGCCAACUGUCUUGUUGGUUUUAUCAAGUGUUUGUUUUGUUUGUUUCUGUUAAAUGUCGUGCUGCUUUUGCGUUGCAUAUGUUUAUAACGCUGUUGCUAUGUGUGUGUAUCUUUUGAUGUUUUUACAAGACUUGAUGUAUUUGUUGAUGUUUCGUAAUCCGAUUUGCUUUAUAUUGGUCUUGA